UAUAUCUUAAUAUUUUAUAAUUAGGAAUAAAGAUUAAAUAAAAUAAAACAGAUUAACAGACCUGGCCUAACUUGAGCUUAAAGAAAAAAUCUUUUAAAGAUGUUUGGAAUGUUACUAUUUAGUAGGAAAAUCAAAACUUAGCAAUAUUAAUGGAAAAUACCUUAUAUAGGAAAGAUGAUUAAUUUGUUUAAAAAGUUUAAAAAUGAUAAAAUGGCAAGACAUUUGUGUAAAAGAACACUACAAUCUGCUGUACUUACGUUUGCUGUUGUGACUCAUGUGAAAAAUGACAACAUUGAUGGAAAGUGGAAUCAAUUCAAAUUUUGGAUCUUCAAUGAGUACACUCAAAAGGUUACUCACAGUACUUUAAUGAGAUUUGGAAGAGCAACAUAUACAGUGGUUUCAGUUGUGCUUGAUUAUAAAUACUCACUCGCUGGAAUUGAUUUCCAAUCAAGUCAGUACUGUAAAAAAAAAUCAGAGUGUCAUCUACGAUCAGCUAAAAAAUUUCGAGAGUUAUGUUCGUUAAAUGGUGGGUUGUUUAUGAAGAUUGGUCAACAUAUUGGCUCUUUAGAGUUUCUCUUUCCUAAAGAAUAUACUGAAACUUUAAAAUGUUUUCAGUACCAAGCACCUGCUAGUAACAUCGAUGAUGUUAGAUAUGUAAUUGAGUCUGAAACAAAUCAAAAAAUUGAAGAGUUGUUCAGCGAAUUUAAUCCUGAACCAAUAGGAGCAGCAUCUUUAGCACAAGUGCAUCAAGCUGUUCUAAAAGAUGGAACUUCUGUUGCUGUUAAAGUUCAACAUCGUACAGUAAAAAAAUACGCUUUAGCAGAUGCAAAAUUUAUUGAGUUUUUCGUUGGGUUGGCAUCUAGCAUUUUUCCAGAGUUUCGGUUUCAGUGGCUUGUUGAUCAGAUUAAAGAGAGUAUACCACUGGAGACUGAUUUUCUUCAUGAAGGAAGAAAUUGUGAAAAACUAGCUAAUAUGUUAAAGGAUAUUUCUUUUUUGAAGGUUCCUAAGAUAUACUGGAAAAAUUCAACAGAAAGAGUAUUGGUGAUGGAGUUUUGUCAAGGGGGUGUGAUUGAUGAUUUGGAUUUCAUAAAGAAAAAUAACAUUAAUCGAAAUGAUAUAUCUUCAAAGCUAGGUCGACUUUAUAGUGAAAUGAUAUUUGUUCAAGGUUUUAUACAUUGUGAUCCUCACCCUGGAAAUAUACUAGUGCGCUUAAAUGCUUCUGGUUCAACUGAAAUUAUUCUUCUUGAUCAUGGUUUGUAUCAGACCCUUCCAACCAAAACUCGAUUAACAUAUUGUGAUCUAUGGCAGAGUUUAAUAAACUCAGAUAUUAAUGGAAUUAAGAAAUGUAGCGAGAUGCUGGGCGUUGGAGAGUAUUACGGUUUAUUCGCUUGCAUGGUGUCUGGAAGAUCUUGGCAAUCAAUUCAAGAUGGUAUUGAGCGUAAAUCAAUUACAGGAGAUGAGCUAAAUGAAAUUCAGAAUACGGCUGUACAAUUAGUUUCAACGAUCACAGAAGUCUUGGAGAAAUUGCCUCGUGAAAUGGUGCUUAUUUUUAAAACAAAUGACCUUUUACGCGGACUUGAUGCUCGCUUAGGUACAAAAGUAUCGUUUAUCACUAUGUCUAAAUGUUGUAUCAGAGCUAAAUUCAAUAAUGAUCUUUCUAAAUCUGGGUUUUGGUACCAAAAAAUGAUGCUUUAUUUCCGAUUUUCGCUAAAUUCUUUCAAACUUUGGAUUUACGGAAUAUUUAUCACUAAUUAUUAUUUAAACUCUGCACUUAAUAUAAUUAAAAUUUAAUAUAAAUCUUACAUUAAUUGAAAAGUUGUACGUUUUGUUCAUGCGAGCUCAGUAAUAUACAGCUUUUUAAAAUAAUGAUAAAAUAAAUUAUUAUAGUUGUCUAACUUUUUUUUUUUUUUUUCCGAUUUUUGUUUUAUAACUUGUUAAAUAGUUUUUUUUUUUUUUUGUUAAAUAGUUUUAAAAUGCUUUAAAAAUAAAUUUACAAUGUUUUUUAAUGGAUUUAAUUUAUUAUAUUCAAGUCUUUAACUUUGAAGGCCGCAUUUUCUACGCUUUUAUUUUAAACAAUUAUUAACUUGUUAAUUUUGAUUAGUUAUCGACAUUAAAUCGUAUUGUAAUUUACAACCUAUAUAUUUACCGUGAAGAUAAUGUUAAAAAAAUUGGAAUUGAACAUUUAAUA